UGGUUUGACUUGCUUGCUGCAUUUUGGCAUUUUGACAGAGUUAAGGGUGACAGCAGUGUUUACUCCACAUUUGGUAACUUUUGCGGGAAUUGUUUUCAAUUAUUAACUGCUUCUGAUCGGAGCUCGUCGCUCUGCUUUGUCGUACAUUAUUUGAAUCCUGGACACGAUGUGUGUGAGACAUCUUGCGUUUGUGCUUCUGAUUUGGUUUCCAGCCGUGCUACAUGCACAAAAGGCAGAACAACCAUGUCUUGCUCCCCAACUCCAUGGUGGUGAUUUCAUACCUAAAAGAGAAACGUAUCCUCAUGAAAAACAGCUCAUCUACACCUGUGAUGAGGGAUACAAACCAACAGCAGAGGGCUGGUGGGCAACAAGCACCUGUGAAAAUGGCCAGUGGUCUCCUAAACCACAGUGUAUCGAUGAAAAAUCCUGUCUUCCACCAACUAUCCCCAAUGGAUAUUACAUAGGAAACUCACAUGGUUGGUAUGCAGAGCACCGCGUCAUUACGGUGAAGUGUGAUGACGGAUAUGAGCUCAAUGGCCAGUCUGAAAGAAUCAGAUGUAUAAAUGGAACAUGGCCCUCCUUGCCUGUUUGUGAGAGAUCUCCUACCAGCUCUGGAUCAAAUGGUGGAGGAAGUGAACAUCCCUUUGCAACAAUUGACAAAUGUGGAGACAUUCCUGUAGUUCCAAACGGUGAUGUUGUGCAAACUGGUCUAAGAAGUUUGAAAUACCAGUGUGUAAAUUAUUACAAACUAGAGGGUCCAGAUAUAGUGGUUUGCUACAGAGAUGGCACCUGGUCUCAAGUGCCCACUUGCAAAGCUGCCUUCUGUUCUGUGGACACCAAUGUAUAUCCUCAGUUAAAAUCUGUUGGAGUGAAAUACAUAAAAGAUGGUGAGAGUGAGAGAUUGGAAUGUGAAGACCUCUGGUUGACGGAUCACUUUUCUCAGGCGCAGUGCACUGAUGGAAGAGUGAAACUUUCCAGAUGCUGUAACAGGUUGGAACUAAUAGUGGGUGACUGCUAAGGUGAAGAUACUGCUGCUGUUGGAAGCUCCUGAGAGACAACUGGCUUAUGAUAAUACUCUCACAUUCUAUGUUGAGUUUUAUUUUGAUCUAGAAAUGUGUACAGUUCACACCAGAAGUGAGUACAUCCCUGUGUAAUAUAAUGCAAAUGUCAAAUGAUUCAACAUUGUAUUUGGAUUACUUCUAAGUUGAACAGUGUUGUGUUUAUGUGCUCUACUUAUGUACUUAUGUAAAAUACAAAAUUAAAAGAUUAGAUUUACUAUAAUAAAAAUGCAAGCCCCAGAAUGGAAACUUAAUGUAACAAAAGUCAGUCAUUCAGAUUUUUGGUGCCAGGCUAGACAAUCCUCCUCGACACAGAGGAUACUAGAGUUACUGUUAAUGCUGGAAUAUUUUUCUCCUGCAAAUUGGAAGUCAUCACGUCACAGAGUAUUUUAGUACAUCCACAGAUAUUCAUGGUGCCAUCUGUAAUUAUCAUUUCCCCUUUUGAACUCACGCAACCCCGUAUCAUCGCAGUGCUUCACUGUCAGGACUAUGCAUUCACUGUAGUCGUCAUGGCCAGACACACACCAAACAUGCUUGACCCAUCAGAGCUAAACAAAUUUAUCUUAGUUUCAUCUGACUAAAAAACAGCCACCAUGCUUGUUUUUUACUUCCAAUCAGUCAGGGUGUUUUUCUUGGACACCAUCCAUAGAGGCUGAUGUAUGAUGAUUUUCCACACUGAGCAAAUACAGCAACUCCAGUGUCCAGUGAAAACCUCUGUGCCGAGUCUGAAGCUCUUGAACAUUUGUUUUUCCAGAGCUAGAUUGUACAAGAAGCACAAUGUCCUUGGCAUUAUUUUAGGAGGAUGACCACUGAGGAUGACUGAUGCAGCUCUGCCUUUUGAUUCACUCAUCGCCGACUGACAAGUUGGAAACUUUUGAAACGUUUGAAACAGAAAGCAACAUCAAUCUGAAUAAAACUUUUCAAUCAUGA